AUGAACGAGUCUGGGCCUGCUCUCCCGGAGCCAGUUCUCUGUCUGCAGGAGCUGUACCACUGUGUGUUGUCUGCGGACUGUCCCAGGCGCUCUCCCGCACAGUGCGCCCUGCUGCUGCGCUCCUGCCUCUGCGCGCCCGGAGCAGGAGGUGAUGCGCCCGGAGCAGAGGGUGAUGGCCGCGGGUAUGAGCUGCGGUGCGUGUCCCUGACGGUGCUGGAGCAGCUGCUUGGUCGCCUGACUGCGGCCACAGGGGGUCAGGACUUCCAGCUGUUCGCUCAGGAGACGUGGGCUCUGCUGGGGGCUGGUGUGAUGGGCACACUGCUGCAGCAGUUUGGCUGUGAGGACCAGCUCGUGUCUCACCUCAGCGUGACGUGUGCGGCUGCGGCUGUCAUCUACCACCUGCACCAAGGUUUUGUCAUCAGUGAGUGGACUGAGUGGUGUGUCCAGGCCCUGCGUUCACCUCAAUGUCCCCGGGGGCCCCUCUUUCCUUCGGGGCCCCGUGUAGACAAUUGUGUCCGCUCUUUGACAGAGGUCCUCAGGCGGAUUCUCAAAGGUGGACGUCACGAGCUGGCACAGACCUUUCUGCCUGAGUUUGAGUGCAGUCUGUCAGAGUACUGCUGCUGGGUCCUGAGUGUGGAGGAGAGGAGCGAGUGUGGAGGUAGUGAUGUAGAGUGGGGGGCCUCUGUGAGCCUCCUGCUGGACCUGCUGGAGACCCUCUGUGCUCUCAGGAGUGCUUGUGACCAGCAGGGGGCAGCCUUUCCUGGACAGUGCCUUCUCUGCCUGCGCUCCUCCACACUGCUUCACCUGAGCUGCCGGCCUGCCCUCCAGCCUGCACUCAGACGCAGACUGCUACUGCUGCUGAAAAAGUCUUUGGGACAGAGGCUGGGGGAGGACUGGGGCCACUCGGGGCUCAGCUGCAGGGACCGGGGCCUGAUGGGGGCUGGGGUGCUGGCUGUGGUGGCUGCAGGUGGGCUCAGGGGGGUGCAGUUGGAAGGAGAGGCGUAUUUCGGGGGCACGCGAGCCGAAGGAUCCAGCAGCUCUGUGGAUAAUGUGACAGUCCGAGCGCUGUGUCUGGUUCUGCUCAAGGCCCUGGAGCUGCAGUGUCAAAGCGGUCAACCAGAGCCGCUGCCUCUUCCCCUGUGCCUGCAGAGCCUGUGGGACGUCCUGCCUGUGGACUCGUGUGCGCCCCCCUGUGGUGAGCCUCAUCACUGCAGCAGACUCAGCGCUGUGUUCUCGGAGCAGGAUGACGACAUGAUGGAAGCGGCCAAGGCUCAGCUCCGCAUUUUUCUUCACCAUCGACAGCAGCAGUGCGCCCUCAGUCCCGCCGCUCUCCUGCUCUGGUCCUGCUCCUUGGGCCUCAACCCUCACUGUUACUUUCUCUCUCUGCUGCGGAGCCUGGCCUUCGACCACCGUGUGCUCCUGGACUUCCUGAUCUCCACAGAGACCUGCUUCCUGGAGUACCUGGUCCUCUACCUCCGCCUGCUCCGCACAGACCCACUGGGCUUCAGCGCCGCCUCCUCCAUAGUCUGUCCCACCACAGAGGAGCCCAGCAGGGGCCGCGCUGCAAGGACAGCAGGGCGAACUCGCGAGGUCCUGCUUGUGGACUACAGCAGCUCCGGAGAGGACUCGGAGGAAGAGAACAGUGGGAGGAAAGUGCAGGAGAUGGGGCCCUGUUGGGAGGCUGCAGUGCGCUGUCUGGGCCUGCUGCUGGAGCUGGUGUCCAGGCUCCACAGUAAGAAGCUUUUCCCCUACAACCCCAGCUCCCUGAUCAAGCUCCUCGCAGAAGCACAGGCCAGUGUCAAGUCCACAGCUCCCGAACCAGCCACAACAGAAGCCCAUGCCUGUGUUUAA